ACAAAAGAGAACCGCACAUUAAACUUAUCAUUAAACGCGCCCAUUUAUGUCCGGCAUGUCUAGCACAUAACCUCUGUUAUUGUUGUCAUUAUACCAACAAAAUAGUUUUGGCACUUUCGUUGAAACUUAAAAUUAUGAUGAAACCGGCCCUGAUAUCGAAUUGUGAAAAGAACUUUAUAUCGGACAUUGUCAGCAAGAAACAGCUACGUCUCGAUGGACGGGAUUUAAAUGAAUUUCGGCCGAUAAAAAUAAAUUUCGGUUCUGACUGGGGCAGUGUGCAUGUGUCGCUGGGUGAAACACGGGUAUUGGCACAGGUCACUUGCGAAGUAGCUCAACCCAAAUCGACCCGACCGAAUGAGGGACUUCUGUUCAUUAAGGUGGAACUUGGUCCGAUGGCUGCACAACAUUUCGAAGCGAAUCGGAGCAGUGAUUUAAGUGUUCAGGUGAAUCGCAUCUUAGAGCGUGCCUUAAAGGAUUCACGGUGCAUUGACUUGGAGUCGUUGUGUAUCAUUGCCGAAGAGAAGGUGUGGAAUUUGCGGGUGGACCUGAACGUUUUGAAUCACGAAGGGAAUAUUAUUGAUUGUGCUUCGAUUGCUGCCCUAACUGCUCUGGCACAUUUUAAACGGCCAGACGUUACAACCACAGGUGACGAAUUCAUCAUUCACACUCACGCCGAAAAAGAUCCAAUUCCAAUCGUCCUUCACCACCAUCCAGUCUGCAUUUCAUACGCAAUCUUCAACAACGGUGCAACUGCCAUUGCGGAUCCGACAGCUAUGGAAGAACGGGUGUCCGAAGCAAAUUUAGUGUUCGGAUUGAACUCGUAUCGGGAAUUGUGUGGAUUACAUUUCGGUGGAAUAACCCUCACAAGUUCAGAACUACUGUUACAGUGUGCCACUCGUGGUGCCAAGCGAGCCAAACUGUUAGUUGACAUGAUCAAAGACGCUUUACAAAAGGAUGAAACAAGCCGGUCUCAAAAUCAGCUGGUUGGUUUCACCGAGUGUGUUCGUAUGAAUAAAAUUACUUCGAUGAAGCAGGACCGUUUGAGCAUCAAGUUGAAACGCUUCAAGCUAAACGAAGCCGAUGAGAGUAAUGACGACGAACGGAUGAGUGAGGACGAUGAAAAAGUUGCAGAUAAAGUACAAUUAUUGGACGAUACAUCGGCGGUCCUAAUACCAGAUAAAUGGGAGUCGGAAAGUGAUUCAGCUGAUAGUGAUGAUGGAGAAGACUUCCAAAUGGCCGAGGUGUUGCCGGUGGUGAAAGAUGAAGAGGAAGAAGCUACAGAAAGGAGUGUCAAAAAGAAGAAGACGAAGAAGAAGAAGAAAAAGAAGAACAACUCGAAAGGGGCGAUUUUUGUUGAAUCAAGUAACAGCGAAGAGGAGGAGACCGUUACACUGAAUACAUCCGAGAAGAGUGACACUACAUCUUCCAGGUCGCACAUUUAUUUCAAGUGAAAAAAUGUUCAAUAAAUUUUUGUUUGGAGAAA